AAAAACAUUGAGAGUGGAGAUCACAUGGACGAAGAUAGAGAGAUAAUAUAAAGAUGGAAUUUCCAUUAACACCUUUCCUUGCUCAAAAAGGAUUCCUCAACCUCCACAUAACUCCUCUUUUUGACGUCUCACCACCUUCCCACCUCAACUCGCCACAUAGGAAGUUGACAUGGAGUCGAUUUAUCCGGUAACGACGACGAGGAGCUCCGGUUACGAUCAAUCUCGACGUAAGCGGAAGAAAAAACCUACUUCGCCACCACCAUCGUCGUCGUCGUCGUCGGUGCAGAAAUGGAGAUCGGAGAAGCAACAGCAGAUCUACUCUACUAACAUCAUUCAAUCUCUCAGGGAACUCCGGAUCAGCGCCGCCGCAGCCGCGGAUCCUUCUGCGAAGCUGCCUCCUCCUCGUGGCGGAGGAGGUAGAGCAGUACGCGACGCAGCUUACCGGUCCUUGGCGGUCACGGCGAGAGGCAGGACGCUGUGGAGCCGAGCUAUUCUGUCCAAAGCUGUGAGAGUGAAGCUCAGGUUCAGGAAACUGAACCGGUCGAGAAAUUCGAAUCCGGCGACGGUUGUAUCGAUAACCGGGAAUAACCGGUUGAGGAAGAAGAGAGCAACGGUUUUGAGGCUGAAGGGGAAGGGUUUGCCAGCCGUGCAGAAGAGAGUGAAAUUUCUGAGCCGGUUAAUUCCCGGUUGUCGGAAACAACCGUUACCGGUGGUUUUAGAGGAAACCACUGAUUAUAUCGUUGCGAUGGAGAUGCAGAUUCGUGCUUUGAAUGCUAUUAUCUCCGCCGUUGGUUCCGGCUCCAGCUCGUCGCCACCAAUGCCGGAGAUGGGUCAUGAUGGCGAAGAGACACGCAUGCUUGGUUAGCUUGGCCCCAGCUGUCUUUUUUGUGUCUUUCCUGUUUUUUAAUACUUUUAAUCUGAUCAUAUUAUCUGUUUUUUUUCCUUUUAAAUACUUUUUGAAGCUUUGAUUUGUUAUGUAAGAAGUAUUGUGAGAUAUUACUAUUAUUGAAACUGAAAGUCUUUCUAUU